AUGCCGUUCCCUGUCACGGUCCACCCUUUCCCUUCUCCGACGUCGGAGUCUUGCGCUUAUGAGCGUGGCUUGAUCAACGCCCAGAACGCGCUCGUCUUCAUCAGCGGUCUGACCGCCGGCCCGCACUCCACGGACGAGAAGCUCAUGCGCCGGAUCGAAGAGGGGGUCGCGCAGCACGGCUACGGCGUCUGGGAGUUCCGCAUGCGCAGCUCGUAUGAUGGUUUCGGGUACAGCAGCUUGGCCAACGAUGUAGCUGACCUCGCGGCGUUGGUCAAGUAUCUGCGCGGCGAUGACGUAGGUAAGAAGAAGAAGAUUGUUGUUGUUGGGUGCUCUACUGGGUGCCAAGACUGCAUGGAAUAUACCGACCGUAUCAAAUAUCCCGACAAUCCACCUGUCGACGGGUACAUCCUCCAGUCUCCAGUGUCAGACCGCGAGACUGCCGCCAUGUUCAUGCCCGCCGAGGUGAUCGAGCAGACGCUGUCUGCGGCAAACGAGCUCAUCGCCGCAGGCAAAGGCCAAGACGCCGUGCCCAGGUCCAUGAUGCCAGAAGUCUUUGCUGGACCCGUAACUGCUUAUCGGUGGUGGUCGCUUGUCUCUGCUGGUGGCGACGACGACUACUUCUCAUCCGAUCUACCAGACUCGACGAUACAGAAGACUUUCGGAAGAGUGGACCAGCCCAUUCUCAUUAUGCCCUCGGCUAAGGACGAGACGGUGCCGCCGACGGUGGAUAAGGAUGCGCUGUUGAAGAGGUGGAUGUCUGCUGUGCCGGAGGGAAGGGUGAGCGGGCUCUCGGGGGUAAAUCCCACUGGCAAUCACAUUCUAAGUGAGGCAGAGGGACAAGAGUGGUUUGUGGACAGGGUUGUCAAAUUCCUCAGGGAGAUUGCUUGA